AUCGCACUGGAGGAGUCUGAGAGCGAAGGAUGCUCGGGUUCUAUUUCUUCAUUUUUCUCCUCCGUACAGCUGGUGAGUUGCUACGAACUUUGCCUUUCACACUGGAAAACAAAGUAGUAGUAUUGCAAAACGUGACCUAAAGGCUUCAGUGAUAUUUUAUGUAACAUUUUAGAGUAACAUUUACAUACUGUGUUUCAGAGGGUAUUCUGCUAUACGCUGACCCCGGACAAAAUGUGACUCUGCGCUGCUUCCCUGCAGAGGAAGCCCAACAUUUGUGCUGGUAUAAGCAAGUGGCAGGGGAGCAGCCACAAAUGAUAUCCUACUACUACAAACAUUCAGUUAAUCCUCACAGCUUCAACGAGCAGUUUAAAGACAACAGACGCUUUUCUGUUCAAACUGGAAAAGACUUCUACCAUCUGAACAUUUUGAAUGUGCAGGACUCCGAUUCAGCGAUGUAUUACUGUGGACACAUCCUCAUAUCAGCCACUAAAUAUGAUGAGGGCAUCUAUUUGGUCCUAAGAGGUAUUCUGCUGUGUUUUGAUUUCAGUUCAACAAUUUAAACAAUUUACAUGACAUUUCAUUGAUCUUGCAUAUCAUAAACCUCUCCGCAACAUGCUCAUUGUCUUUAGGGUCUAGCCACAGGUCUUACAUUCUGCAGCCGGCCUCUGACUCGGUGAAACAAGAAGGCUCUGUGACUCUGACCUGUGCAGUCCACAAUGGGACCUGCGAUGGAGAACAAAGUGUUUACUGGUUCAAAAAGGAUUCCGGGAGCUCCCACACUGGAAUCAUGUACAUCCCUGCACAGAGCAGCAGGCAGUGUGGACUGGACCGUGGGUCUGAGCCUCCUGAGCGCAGAUGUGUCUAUAGUUUAUCAAAGAGGAACGUGAGCAGGUCUGAUGCUGGGACGUACUACUGCGCUGUGGCUCACUGUGGUGAUAUACUGUUUGGUGGAGGGACAAGACUGGAUGUUAAACGUAAGUAAAAAAGAUUAAAUAUGCAGUUUUCUCUUUUGUAUUUUUAGCAAGCGUAAUAUUUGAAAUGUUUUUUACAGGUAAACAUGACGAGAUCUUGGUGUAUUGUAUGGUUGCUGUUCUGUUUGUGUCGAUUACUUUGAACUUAAUCCUGAUCAUCAUCCUCUGCAAAACGAACAGGAAAAAACUUCUCCUCUCUGAAGGUAUGAACGAGUUUUAUUUGCUUAUUAAAAAUAAGUUUUUUUAUGGAUUUUAUGAGAAAAAGAGAAAGACGUGUUAUUAAAGUUUUAAUAGCUGAUUUAACUCAUUGUCUAUGUAAAAGGAUUCAGGCAAAAUAUGUAUAUAUAUAUAUAUAUAUAUAUAUAUAUAUUAAGGUCAAUAAAUUAUUUUAACGCUGACUUUUUUUUUCUCAAAAUUAAAAAUCUAAAUUGAAAUUCUGAUUUUAUUCAAGGAACUCUAGAAUGAAGUUAAUAUGUCUGAGAUUAUAUUCAGGAUUUCGUUUUAAAAAUUACAAUUUUGACUCUAAUUUAAGAAUUCUUCGAAAAUUCAAGACUUCUGAGUUAAAACCAGAUCUCUAACUUCAAUCUCAAAAUAAUGACGUUACAAUGAAAUGUCAAAUAUUAAAUUUAUAAUAACAACUAUUUUCAAGAACUCCUAUAAAAAGUCUGAUGUUCAAAAUCAAAUUCCUAAUCAGAAUUCAAACAAGACGACUGACUUGGAUUCAGGAAUUCUGAGAUUAAAGUCAGAUGUCUCGGAUUAAAUUCAGCAUUAUGACAUUUCUCAGAGAAUUCUGAGUUUAAAGUUGGAAAGUGUGAUUUUCUGAGAUUAAUUUCAAAAUGAAAAGAAAAAAAAAAGACUGUGUUUUCGCCAUUGUUUUAAGUUUUAGGGCAAUAACAAAAAAAAAAAAAGAGAGGUGAGAAAAAAAAUAGUUUUAAUAAGCUGUACCUCUUUCAGUACAGAGAAUUAGGCCUUAUGAUGUGUUUUGUAACUAUCAUUGAUGUACAGUUUGUCUUAAGAAUUCAAGUUCAAGAUAAAGGUAAACAAAAUUCUGUUGAACUGGUUGUGGAAUUUGAAAUGUAUUUUUAUUUUUUAAGAAACAGUGUAAGCCUGUUUCUCUUGUCUUUUUCAUCCAUCUUUCUCCUUAAAACAGCUCUGGUUGUUGUGUAUAACAGCUAAUUUUAAAGGGUAAUAAUUUUGCUUCUUUUUCUAGGACUGCAGCUUCAGUGCAUCCAGGAGUUCACUCCUGACAGUCAGGUAUGCUUUGAUUUCCUCCAACUGCCACAUUCCAUAACUAAUCUAAAAUCAGCUGUCUUUAAUAUAAUUCAGUUUUCUCUUCUGUGUUUCGGACAGAAUACAGAUGUGGAUGCUUUGCAGUACGUGGCUCUGGACUUCAAAAAGGGGCAAAGCAAGAGAAGACAGCGAGGACCAGAAGAGGAGACAAUCUACUCUGGUCUAAGAGACACAAACUGAAGUGAUUCAUUUUUGUUCAUAGAGAACACAUUUUAUUCUGUUAUUUACCUCUGUUGCGCUGUUAUCUAUUUACUCCGGCUACUUUAGUUUCAUCUGCAAUAUUAUGACUGAAUUACAUCAAUACAUUAAUAUACUCUUUUUUAUGCUUCACUGUUAAAAUCAUAUCUUUAUUUCAAAAUAAAUCACACUUAAGUAGAAAUGAUGUCAUCACUUUUUCCUCCUAAAUACCCCCUUUACUGUACAUCUCUAAGGAUUAGGGUCACAUUAAGAAUUUAAAAAAUAAGAGGGGUGAGGCUAUUGUAAUUUUAUAAAGCACUCACAAAGACAAGCCCACCUACUCCAAAAUCCCUCAUAAUGUAACUAUACUUAUCAUUUCUCAUUUCUAAGCCUUGUGGAAAUAUCAUGGACAAAAUACAUGUUUUCAACGGCUGUGUAGCUCUUUCUGUGAACUUCUUUAGUGUACUGCUGCUUUAAAUCUGCUCUUAGGCCUGGUUGAGUUUGAGCAAUUCAGCUCUUAAUCAUUAGGGGGCAGCAGUUCACCAUGAGUUAACAUCACACAAGCGCAUCAUCAGCUGCUUUUCACCACAUUCAGAAGAUUAUUUAUAGAGACACGGCAAUGAGACACUGCAGUGACCACAGUAGAGCAGAGACACACACUUAAGGUAUUACCAGUAAAAAUCAAUGCUUCAACAUUUCAGACUUUAUUCUGUGUAUGUAGACUAUUGUGGUUGACCAACAUAAAAAUCUCAUCAACCGGAGCCUGAUGCACAAUGUCAGUUUUAUGUCAUGGUGUCAAAUAAGCUAGUUUUGUGGUUUUUCUUCUUGGUUUUGAUCAAAAAUAAAUGAAUCUGCUGAUUUAAGAGCAGUAAAUUAAACAGGAUACAUUUCCCUCCUUUAUCCCAGCCAAUCUGAGAUUACUUCAAAAUGAAAAUUGUAGCUGUUUGAUAGCAAGUUUUGCAUGUUUUUCUCAUCUCUGCAGUGGUACUCAGAAAGAAAGCGAGGUGUUUUUAACUACUGUGGCCAAGUCCUGAACAAGAAAAAAAAAAAGAUCUCUCUCAUCUGAGUCCCCGCUUUGGUCAAGCUCACUCAUGUACACUCAGCCUGAGUGGUUUUACGGCCCUCCUCUUCGCCUGACAGGAUGUCUAUGUGGUUUAACUCAUCAUGUUGUUUGUUUCAGUUGCCUCACAAUAGCACCUUUCUUUUUUCAAUGUGCUUUAAAUAGCUUCACACUUACUUGUCUUUGAACAGGUAAAAAAAACAAAGUCACACUUGAAGUUGCACUGAAGCUUUCAGGGGUUGUAACUUUGAUGUGAGGAGGCACAUUACGACAUGAUAGUCAACCUGAGCUGGGCCUCAGAAAUAAUAAGUCACUUUCCACGGAUGCACUGCAGGUUUGUGAGUUUAUUCACUGAGGAAUGAUUAGGGCCAAAGUAAGGAUUUAGAAAAGUGAGAUUUAGAGAGUAAAGUUCAAAUCGAAACAACAUGUUGGACUGCAUGACUAAAUUCAAAAAUUUGCAAGAAUUCGGUCACAAAUGUCAUAAUGUCAUAAAUUCAAAAGACUGAAGUCAAGUAAAAACAGAUAACAGUUGAGUAGAGAAAAGUUUGACGUUGUAGUGUAAAGUGAAAAGUAAAGUUUAAAGUCAAAGGGCUCUAUUUUCGUGCCUCUCUGGUGACGUGCCUCGCAGGCGCGGCGUAAGUCAGGUCUGCCGUGCCGACAAGGCGUUCCUAAGCACAAUUUGGUGAGCGGUGCUGCCCGGCGUAAGUAUGUCCCCUCCCUAACUCAGCUCCUCCCAGCGGCAAAAGUCGUAGCAAGGGAGGAGAGAGGGCAUGGAGUGGGUUUAACACAGCUGAGACCUGUAUUGACCAAUAAAAUCAGCUCCUCUCCUCACCUUUAAAUCCGCCACUGGCGAGGCGUAUUACUACUUUCGUGAAGUAGUCAAAGAGAUCAAGAGAUGUCUGAAGACAGUAAUGCCACACGAUGGCGACAGAAGACAGCUUCUCAACAAGUAUUGCUGCAGAGGGCGUCCUUCACACUCUCUCAUAUGAGCACAGAUCGAUUUGGUGUGUGUAAUGUUGGACCCACUUGUAAGUCAAACACCGUUUCCACAAAUAAAGACACUCACAUAAAGUUGCAUAUACUCAAACCUCCCAUGACAAAGGUGGGUUGUGCACAGAGAGCAUAACAUAAACUUCAAAAAUGGCAUUAAAAUUGGAACCAUCGCGCUCCGUGGCCUGGCUCUUUCUUUCAUAGAUGUUGGCAUAUAAAAUAAAUUUGGCUCACAAAACUGAAUAUUAUAAUAUUUGUAUGUAGGCUUAAAGUAAAUGACUCAUCUGAUCACUGAAACAAAUCAUCUGUUUAGCUUUAGGGGAGAGGACACGGAGACAUGUCCAGGUCGAGCUGCGCGAAAAAUAAGAGGAAGAGGAAGAAGAAAAGGAGGGAGACGAAUUACAUAUCAUGUUAACUUCAUCAUGUGUGUCUAUUUACUAGAUAUUUUAUUUAAUUUAAUGCGGUUUUAGCUGUGUUGAUUCGGUCAGGUUGUGUGACUAUGGCCACCCUGGAGAUCUGAUUGGCUACUACAGUGGCUGCCUUCUCAACCAAAACCACGGUUGGCUGGUUAAAGGUGUCACUUAAUCUGAAAUCAAUAGUUUGAGUUGUGUUGUCUCAGACACUAAUAGUGUCUUUACUUUUCUUUGUGACACAUGUACUGUUUAUUUAUUUGUAUAAAUAUUACAUAUUUAAAAUUCUUCAAAGGUUGAGUAUACAUGUGAUUAGUGGAGAUAACCCUACUGAUAAAGCUGUAAGGGCUAUUGCUUUUCUUGUCUGGCCACCCCGGACAAAAAGAAGUCUGGCUCCACCCCUGCUCAAACACGUGUGUAUGAUAGAAGCUGGGGGAAAGUCUUUCAUACAACCUCAAACUGGACACUGUUCAGUGUUGUGUUGCAGAUAAUUACAGGAGAAAACAUGAAGAACAGAAAAUGUGAUUAAAAUAGAAAAUAUGUUCCAGCAGAUCUUUUAAUCUUUCACUAAACUUAUUAUAGACCUUGAAAUGUAAUUUCCAUACUCAAAGAUGAUUAAGAGUUCGUUCAGAGAUUUAGGUUAGGUUUAGCAGCUUAGCAGCUUAUUAGCAGAAAGACAACAGCUUUCUGCUUAGCAGCCAUCUUAUAGCUGGCUGAGUUGCUCUGCAGUGUGUUAGAAAGAAUUUCAGACAUGCUUAUUGGAUCAUUCAAAGAUGAUGAGCAUUAUUGUUUUUACUAAACGCAUGUGUGCAACAUGCUUCUCGUUUCAUUUUGAGUCAAUGAACAACAGCUUUGUUUUUUAACUGUCUGAUAAAAUAGCUUCUUCAUCAGACACACAAACAGGACAGUACAAGCACAAACAUCUAAAGGCAAUUCAGUGACACUGCACACACACCAGACCAGACCUUCACACGCAGACACAACCUGUCAAAACCACAGUAAACAAUUCCGCUCAGAUGCAUGGUCCAGGAAGUGCGUCUUAAUGUUGCUGAGAAAUGUGUGAGCUCUUCUGAACAGUGUAGCUUUAUGUCCAGAUUUUUAAGCAUAGAUAUUUAGACCACAAACAUGAAAACAUUAUGUUUAAGUUAUAAGAGGCAGCUUGCUCAUCUUCUUUGUGGUUUACAGCGCUUCUACAUUCAUUAGGCCAGUCUUGUCGGUCUAACUUUCUAAUUGCUGCACACAAAGACUUUCCAUUUAGUGUAGAACACAAGAAUUGCAUGUAUGUUUUGCAGUGCAUGAAAGAAAAGAAACUUUUCCUCCAUUGAAACCAAAUGCAAAAGUCCAAAACAAAUGCAACCAGACAAUGCAAAAAAUGUAUGAGCCAAAAAAGCACUGCAGAUAAUAAAUAUGGAAAAAAGCAAACUAAGAAACCUCUUGCAAGGGAAAAUGCAACUGAAAGUGCAUUAAGCCUGUAGAGACACUUAGAGUGACAGUUACUCAGUGGGGCAGGUUUGUUAUAAGAGAAGAGGAGGUAGUGUCAGACCACAGAAUGACAAACUCUGGAGUUGUGUGUCUGAGAACUACCACAGUUUAAUGUAGCAUAAAGGUUCAUUUCUGGAUUGAAAUGCUUCCUUGCUCACCCCUUCUGUUGGUGAAGCUCCAGAAGCAACAGUGACCUGCAAGGACAAGUGGAGAGGCAAAUGUGAUGAUGACAUGUAUAAUCAUCCAUUAGUCAAAAAAUAUGAUCAAAAAUAUCUAUCAAUACAUAUUCCUCUUCACAAACCCUCUCAUUUUCUUUGUCUUUCAACAAUAGCAUGUCCUGGGGAAUAGGUUUUAACCUACAUACUAGCUUGUCCCUACUGUACUGCCAUAGAAACAUGGCAGUGCAAGAUGGCAGUGGGGGGAGACCAGUUUCUUAUGUAAAUAAAGGGAAGAAAAACAAAACUUCUGUGGUGCUAGUUUCAUGCAUCCUUAGGGCUGGUCUGACUUAGUUAUCUAAAAGUUUGUUUUCAAGGUUUUCUGCAGAUUUAGUUCCAUGCAGAGCCCAGAAGCUGGUUCAUGUUUCUCAUGUAAGUCUAUGUUGACUCACGGUAUAGCCCAAACCAUAACCCUCCCUAAAUUCAACCAAGAAAGUGUCAAUGUCUCAAUCUGGUCAAACAGUGACAGUUUCUAAAAGGGAACUGAAACAAAAACAACUGGUAAACAACUGCAUAAUCUUCACAGGCAUACAGUGACACAGCAGUGAACAGCGAAACUGUGGUCUUCCAAAGUCUCAGCAAAAUGCUGUUGGUAAUGCGCAUAACAAGUAUAAGAAAGUGUAAAAUGACUUGUGGCCCCCAAAUGGUAGUUAAUGUAGUUUUCUGAAAUAAUCUGCAGAGUUGGUGUCUCUAUGAAUGUGACUUAAGGGGCAUCCUGAUCAUGUCACACAUAUCAAAUCAAGAUAGAACUGCAUCUAGAGCACUGUUCAGGAUUUCACCUCUUUCUGGUAACAAUACCACAACUUU